AUGCGUCCGGAAGUGGAACAAGAGCUCGCCCACACCCUCCUGGUGGAGCUGCUGGCCUACCAAUUCGCCUCGCCGGUCCGAUGGAUCGAAACCCAAGAUGUCGUCCUCGCCGAACAGCGCACCGAGCGCAUUGUCGAAAUUGGUCCCGCAGAUACCCUGGGAGGAAUGGCACGGCGGACACUAGCCUCCAAGUACGAGGCGUACGAUGCGGCGACGUCCGUCCAGCGCCAGAUUCUUUGCUAUAAUAAGGACGCCAAGGAGAUCUACUACGAUGUCGACCCCGUAGAGGAGGAACCCGAGCCCAUCCCGGAGGCUGCGCCCUCAGGCCCGGCCCCCGUGGCAGCUGCUCCUGCCUCCGGAGCUCCUCCCCCUCCCCCCAGUGCUGGCCCCGCGGCCGCAGUCGAAGAUGCCCCCGUCACAGCAGUCGAUGUACUGCGCACACUGGUUGCUCAAAAGUUAAAGAAGACCCUCGCCGAUGUACCAUUGUCAAAAGCCAUUAAGGAUCUUGUUGGAGGCAAGUCCACAUUACAGAACGAAAUCCUAGGUGACCUGGGUAAAGAGUUCGGUUCCACACCAGAGAAGCCAGAGGAUGUCCCACUGGAUGAACUCGGUGCUUCCAUGCAAGCCACCUUCAACGGCCAAUUGGGCAAGCAGUCAUCUUCUCUCAUUGCCAGAAUGGUCUCUUCCAAGAUGCCUGGUGGCUUUAACAUCACGGCCGUCAGAAAAUACCUGGAAACCCGUUGGGGUCUAGGAGCUGGUCGUCAGGACGGCGUGCUGCUCCUUGCCCUCACAAUGGAGCCUGCGGCUCGUCUGGGUUCCGAACCCGACGCCAAGGCUUACUUGGACGACGUCGCCAACAAGUAUGCUGCCAGCGCAGGCGUCAGCCUCUCGGCCCCCGUGGCCGGUGGUGAUGGCGGCGGCGGCGGCGGCGGUAUGGUGAUGGAUCCUGCUGCCAUUGAUGCCUUGACCAAGGACCAGCGAGCGUUGUUUAAGCAGCAGCUUGAGAUCAUUGCUCGUUAUCUCAAGAUGGACCUCCGCGAAGGCGAGAAGGCCCACGUCAUCUCCCAGGAGAGCCAAAAAGCGCUGCAGGCUCAGCUUGACUUGUGGCAGGUGGAGCAUGGUGACUUCUACGCCUCUGGCAUCGAGCCCUCAUUUGAUCAGCUUAAGGCCCGUGUCUAUGAUUCCUCAUGGAACUGGGCUCGCCAAGAUGCCUUGAGCAUGUACUACGAUAUCAUCUUCGGUCGUCUCCAAGUGGUGGACCGUGAAAUCGUCAGCCAAUGUAUCCGUAUCAUGAACCGAUCCAACCCCCUCCUCCUCGAUUUCAUGCAAUAUCACAUUGACAACUGCCCCACCGACCGUGGUGAGACCUACCAGUUGGCCAAGGAACUUGGCCAACAGCUCAUCGAGAACUGCCGUGAAGUUCUCGAGGUUUCCCCGGUCUAUAAGGACGUUGCUGUCCCCACGGGCCCUCAAACCAGCAUUGAUGCCCGCGGAAACAUCGGCUACAAGGAGGUUCCCCGAACUAGCGCUCGCAAGCUCGAGCACUACGUCAAGCACAUGGCCGACGGAGGUCCGAUCUCUGAAUACAGCAACCGAACCAAGGUUCAGAAUGACCUUAAGAAUGUCUACAAGCUCAUUCGCAAGCAACAUCGUCUCUCCAAGUCCUCGCAAAUUCAGUUUGAUACCUUGUACAAGGAUGUCGUUCACGCACUUGGUAUGAACGAAAGCCAGAUCAUCCCCCAGGAGAAUGGGCACGCCAAGAAGAGCGGUUCCAAGCGUACCCUCACCCGUCCCGGCAAGGUGGAAACUAUCCCAUUCUUGCACCUGAAGAAGAAGACCGACCACGGCUGGGACUACAACAAGAAGCUCACUGGCAUUUACUUGAAUGUCAUGGAGUCCGCUGCCAAGGAUGGUCUGAGCUUCCACGGUAAGAAUGUGCUGAUGACCGGUGCUGGUGCCGGUUCCAUUGGUGCCGAGGUCUUGCAGGGUCUGAUCAGUGGUGGUGCUAAGGUUGUUGUCACCACCAGUCGCUUCUCGCGCGAGGUCACGGAGUAUUACCAGGGCAUGUACGCCCGCUACGGUGCCCGUGGCUCCCAGCUGGUUGUUGUGCCCUUCAACCAGGGUAGCAAGCAGGAUGUUGAGGCAUUGAUCGAAUACAUCUACGAUGCCAAAAAGGGUCUCGGCUGGGACUUGGACUUCGUUGUUCCCUUCGCCGCCAUUCCCGAGAACGGCCGUGAAAUUGACUCCAUCGACUCCAAGUCCGAGUUGGCUCACCGUAUCAUGCUGACCAACCUGCUUCGUCUUUUGGGUUCUAUCAAGACGCAGAAGCAAGCCAAUGGCUUUGAGACUCGCCCCGCCCAGGUUAUUCUGCCGUUGUCUCCCAACCACGGUACAUUCGGUAACGACGGUUUGUACUCCGAGUCCAAGCUUGCUUUGGAGACUCUCUUCAACCGCUGGUAUUCUGAGAACUGGAGCCACUACCUCACCAUUUGUGGUGCCGUCAUUGGCUGGACCCGUGGUACCGGUUUGAUGGGUGGCAACAACAUGGUCGCUGAAGGUGUCGAAAAGCUGGGUGUCCGCACCUUCUCCCAGCAGGAGAUGGCGUUCAACCUUCUUGGUCUGAUGGCCCCUGCCAUCGUCAACCUUUGCCAGCUUGACCCCGUCUUCGCCGAUCUCAACGGUGGUCUUCAAUUCAUUCCCGAUCUCAAGGGUUUGAUGACCAAGCUUCGUACCGAUAUCAUGGAGACCAGUGAUGUUCGCCAGGCCGUUAUCAAGGAGACCGCCAUUGAACAUAAGGUGGUGAACGGCGAGGACAGCGGAGUUCUGUACAAGAAGGUUGUUGCAGAGCCUCGUGCCAACAUCAAGUUCGAGUUCCCCAACCUGCCUGAUUGGGAGGAGGAGGUCAAGCCUCUCAACGAGGGCCUCAAGGGCAUGGUCAACUUGGACAAGGUUGUCGUUGUCACCGGUUUCUCCGAAGUCGGUCCUUGGGGUAACUCUCGUACUCGUUGGGAAAUGGAGUCCAAGGGCAAGUUCUCUUUGGAGGGCUGUGUCGAGAUGGCCUGGAUCAUGGGCCUGAUCAAGCACCACAAUGGUCCUUUGAAGGGCAAGGCCUACUCCGGCUGGGUCGACGCCAAGACCGGUGACCCAGUGGACGACAAGGAUGUCAAGCCCAAGUACGAGAAGCACAUCUUGGAGCACACAGGUAUUCGUCUCAUCGAACCUGAGCUAUUCAAGGGCUAUGACCCCAAGAAGAAGCAGCUUCUUCAGGAGAUCGUUAUUCAAGAGGAUCUCGAGCCCUUUGAGUCUUCCAAAGAGACCGCGGAGGAGUUCAAGCGUGAGCACGGAGACAAGGCUGAGAUCUUCGAGAUCCCCGAGUCUGGCGAGUACACCGUCCGCCUCCGCAAGGGCGCCACCAUGCUCAUUCCCAAGGCGCUUCAGUUCGAUCGUCUUGUCGCUGGUCAGGUCCCCACUGGUUGGGAUGCCAGCCGCUAUGGUAUCCCUGAUGAUAUCAUUGAGCAGGUGGAUCCUGUUACUCUGUAUGUCUUGGUCUGUACCGCUGAAGCCAUGCUUUCUUCCGGUAUCACCGACCCCUACGAGUUCUACAAGUACGUCCACCUCUCUGAGGUUGGUAACUGCAUCGGUUCCGGUAUCGGUGGUACCCACGCUCUGCGCGGCAUGUACAAGGACCGCUUCUUGGACAAGCCUAAGCAGAAGGAUAUCCUGCAGGAGUCUUUCAUCAACACCAUGAGCGCUUGGGUCAACAUGCUGCUCCUCUCCUCUACUGGUCCCAUCAAGACCCCUGUGGGUGCCUGCGCCACCGCUGUCGAGUCUGUUGACAUUGGUUACGAGACCAUUGUCGAGGGCAAGGCCCGUGUCUGCUUCGUUGGUGGAUUCGAUGACUUCCAAGAAGAGGGAUCCUACGAGUUCGCCAACAUGAAGGCCACCAGUAACGCCGAGGAUGAAUUCGCCCACGGUCGUACCCCCCAGGAGAUGUCUCGUCCCACUACCACCACCCGUGCUGGCUUCAUGGAGUCUCAGGGCUGUGGUAUGCAAUUGAUCAUGACUGCGCAGCUUGCCCUUGACAUGGGUGUGCCCAUUCACGGUAUCAUUGCUCUGACUACCACCGCCACUGACAAGAUUGGACGCUCCGUUCCCGCUCCCGGCCAGGGUGUCCUGACCACCGCCCGCGAGAACCCCGGCAAAUUCCCAUCUCCUCUGCUGGAUCUCAAGUACCGCCGCCGUCAAUUGGAUCUUCGCAAGAAGCAGAUCAACGAAUGGCAAGAGUCCGAGCUCCUCUACCUCCAGGAGGAGGCCGAGGCCAUGAAGGCUCAGAGCGAUGAUACUUUCAACGAGACUGAGUACUUGCAGGAGCGUGCUCAGCAUAUUGAGCGCGAGGCCAUUCGCCAGGAGAAGGAUGCUCAGUACAGCCUGGGUAACAACUUCUGGAAGCAGGACUCUCGCAUCGCUCCUCUCCGUGGUGCCAUGGCCACUUGGGGUCUGACUGUUGACGAUAUCCACGUUGCCUCUUUCCACGGUACUUCGACCGUCGCCAACGACAAGAACGAGUCCGAUGUCCUCUGCCAGCAGAUGAAGCACCUUGGCCGCACUAAGGGUAACGCAUUGAUGGGUAUCUUCCAGAAGUACCUCACUGGUCACCCCAAGGGUGCCGCCGGUGCUUGGAUGUUCAACGGUUGCUUGCAGGUCUUGGACAGCGGCCUCGUCCCGGGAAAUCGCAACGCCGACAACGUCGAUAAGGUCAUGGAGAAAUUCGACUACAUCGUCUAUCCAAGCCGCAGCAUCCAGACGGACGGUAUUAAGGCGUUCUCGGUCACCUCAUUCGGUUUCGGUCAGAAGGGUGCUCAGGUGAUUGGUAUCCACCCCAAGUACUUGUAUGCCACUCUUGAGAAGGCUCAAUACGAUGCCUACAAGACCAAGGUUGAGGCUCGCCAGAAGAAGGCUUACCGCUACUUCCACAACGGUCUCAUCAACAACACUAUCUUUGUUGCUAAGAACAAGGCGCCUUACGAGGAUGACCUCCAGAGCAAGAUCUUCUUGAACCCCGACUACCGUGUGUCGCUUGACAAGAAGACCUCUGAACUCAAGUACUCCUCUGCUUCCCCAGAGGCCAAGCAGUCCGAGGCCACUCGCCAGACUGUCGAAUCCCUCGCCAAGGCCAAUGCCGCUGAGAAUUCGAAGAUUGGUGUUGAUGUCGAGCACAUUGAUUCCGUCAACAUUGAUAACGAGACCUUCGUUGAGCGCAACUUCACCCAGGGCGAGCAGGACUACUGCCGCAAGGCUGCCUCCCCCCAGUCCUCAUUUGCAGGCCGUUGGAGUGCCAAGGAGGCCGUCUUCAAGUCUCUUGGUGUCAGCAGCAAGGGUGCCGGUGCCGCUCUCAAGGAUAUCGAAAUCGGUGUCGAUGCUAACGGUGCUCCCACUGUCAACCUCCACGGUGCCGCUGCCGCUGCCGCUAAGCAGGCCGGUGUGAAGCAAGUCAGCGUCAGCAUUAGCCACAGCGACUCUCAAGCUGUUGCUGUUGCCGUGUCGCAGUUCUAA